UCUGAUCGAAUAAGUUGUCCAUCCUGAUAAUAUUCACUGAAGGAGAGGAAAAAGGAACUGUAUGUUGGUACAGUCAGGCAUCAUGCCUGCUGCAGUGAUUAUGGAUGAAAACUAUGAUAAGCUAUUGGAACAAUGUGAAACACAAGAACUCGAGGCUCCAGGUGGUAUCGCGACCCCUCAAGUGUAUGCACAGCUUCUGUCCCUCUAUUUACUACACAAUGACAUGAACAAUGCGAGGUAUCUUUGGAAGCGGAUUCCCCAAGCUAUUAAAUCGGCUAAUCCGGAGCUGACUGCUGUGUGGGCAGUGGGGCAGCGUAUUUGGCAGCGGGACUUCCCAGGAAUCUACACUUCCAUCGCUGCGUAUCAGUGGUCGGAGAACAUCCAACCAGUAAUGGAGGCUCUCAGAGAUAGCACCCGUCGGAGGGCGUAUGGUCUGGUGGCACAGGCGUACACCUCCAUCACAGCAGAGGACCUGGCGGCCUUCGUGGGUUACUCUGUGGAGGAAGCAGUGAAAGGAGUGGUGAGCCAGGGUUGGCAGGCUGACCCAGCCACCAGGAUGGUCAUGCCCCUGAAGCCAGAUCCUCCUCCUGUUUCUCUGGUUCCAAAUGAGCAGCAGCUGGCUAGACUCACUGACUACGUGGCUUUCCUUGAGAACUGAUAAAUUCCACUUGAGCCUGUCCUCUCGUCCCUGGCUUUACAAACACACACACCAUCACACACACACACUGUAUAUAGACAUUAGCAGAUACACAGUUAUGUGCACAUACACUUGCAUACACAAGCUCUCAAACAUGCAUAAUCACACAAGCUGAUUUGUGGUUUGUACGUCCACAUGCAACUUACAUGUGAUGAUCAUACAUGUACACACAUGCUCUUGUACGUAUACAUAUAUAUAUAUAUAUAUAUAUAUAUAUAUAUAUAUACAAGCACGCACACAGACUUGAACAUCGUCUGAACCCGGGAUCUCCAUCUGUCGUGUGUGUAUGAUCCUGGACAUGCUUCUGCAAGCCAGGCACCAUUUCCCAACAGACCUCCUGUCCUGCGCUCAUCUCUCACUCUCAGACUGUCCAACCAGAUCUCCUUCCCAGUCACUGUUACCUUACGAAUGAAAGAUCUGUGACAUUUGUGACGUUUUUGGAUUCAGUAACCACCUGUUUUAUCCAAAGAGCUGCCAGUUGGUGCAGUGCAGCCUUCCUAGAUUUCCCAGUUAUCCUUUCAUUACUGAAAUAACUUCAUUUUUUUUCUUUUAAUAUCUCCCCUGUUUUUAUUUAUAUUUGCGUCCACCGUCUAAACACCUGCAGCUCGGCCCCAUUUCAAAUGGUUCGGGUAAACAGAUCUGUUGGCUCGUCUCACCCCGACGAGUUCAUAUUUGGACACGUCUGACUCCUCACACAGUAAACCUGACCGGGCGCACACAAGCCCUUCUGCCUGUGACAGUGUAUCUCUCUGAAAACCUUGCCGUCUUUAGACCUCAGUUACAUGACACUUCAUGUUGUAGAGUCGUUAAUAAACGUUUUUAUUUGUUUCUG